GGGUCCGUGCCGGGCCUGCGGGCUGGGGAGAGACGCCAGCAGCUCCACCGCUGGCCUCUGGGGAUCCCCUCAGAAAGUCCCCGUGGCGCUGACGCCCCCGGUUCGAACUUCGCGAGAAACGAAACUUGAGGGAAAUCGUGAAAAACACUGAAAACUGGAAUAAAAAACAGCUCCCCGAAAUCAGAGGAUCCUGCAAAUACCCCCUCCCCGACUGCGUCACCAGCAGCCUCACAAGGGAAUCACUGGAGAUUUAAUUUUUUAAUGCUGUUGAAAGGAUUUUUGUUAGUGUGUUUCUUGGUUAAAGGCCUUGUAUUUCACCUUGCGGAGUUUGGGGAGAAGAACAGAGGGGGGAAAAAACUUCCUUUCUGCUGGGCAAGACUUGGAGGUGAAACGUUGUUGGCUACUUCUCCAGCUGGGCACUUCUCCCCACCCUACCCCUCACUUUGUAUGUGUAUGAUUUGUUUUUGGUAUUGAAGCAGUUUGAUUCUUCGCCUAAUAAACUUUUUCGUUCAAAUCCACGAUGGAGCCUGGCAAUAUGGACUAUUUCUGUGAUCAGGUACAGCAGAAAGAUGUGAGCCGCAGGAUGCAAAUCGGCCAAGAAUUGCUGGAGUUUCUGGCUGACCCCAGUAGAUCCACUGACCUCGAGCAGGAUCAGCAGCGCCUUGAUAAAGUGAUUGACGAAUUAAUAGGAUGGGUUAACUCUAGUAAUUUUAAGGUGGCGUUAGUUGGAUUAGAUGUCCUAGGUGCCUUUGUUGACAGACUAUCAGGACACUUUAAAUCCUAUGUACCAACUGUUCUUCUAGCAUUGAUUGAUCGAAUGGGAGAUGCCAAAGACCAAGUUCGAGAGCAAGCACAGACUCUUAUAUUGAAAUUAAUGGACCAGGUAGCACCACCAAUGUGUAUUUGGGACCGUCUUGCUGUUGGUUUUAAACACAAGAACUACCGAUCCCGAGAAGGAGUGUGUUUGUGUCUCGUUGCAACCUUAAAUAUUUAUGGUGCACAACCAUUAAUCCUCAGCAAGUUGGUACCACACUUAUGUAUCUUGUCUGGAGACUCCAAUAGUCAGGUUAGAGAUGCUGCAUUAUUGGCAAUUGUGGAGAUUUAUAGACAUGUAGGAGAGAAAGUAAGAGCUGACCUUAAUAAGAGGGGAAUUCCCUCUGCAAGGUUACAAGCAAUAUUUGCAAAAUUUGAUGAAGUGAGAGACUCUGGAAAUAUGAUUUUAAGUAACAUCAGUGAUAAAAGCUUUGAUGAUGAGGAGUCAGUGGAUGGAAAUAGGCCAUCGUCAGCUGCCUCAGCUUUCAAGGUUCCUGCACCUAAAAAACUCGGGAAUCCUUCAAACAGUGCAAGAAAACCAGGUUCAGCUGGUGGGCCUAAGGUUGGAGGUGCAUCUAAAGAAGGAGGAGCUGGAGCUGUCGAUGAGGAUGAUUUUAUUAAGGCAUUUACAGAUGUUCCUUCUGUACAGAUCUAUUCCAGUCGAGAGCUUGAAGAAACAUUAAACAAAAUCAGGGAAAUUCUCUCAGAUGAUAAACAUGACUGGGAUCAGCGAGCCAGUGCGCUCAAGAAGGUUCGAUCGCUGCUUGUUGCUGGAGCUGCACAGUAUGAUUGCUUUUUCCAGCAUCUACGGUUGUUGGAUGGAGCUUUUAAAUUAUCAGCUAAGGAUCUCAGAUCCCAGGUGGUUAGAGAAGCAUGCAUUACUGUAGCUCAUCUUUCAACAGUUUUGGGAAACAAGUUUGACCAUGGGGCUGAAGCCAUUGUGCCUACUCUUUUUAAUCUGGUCCCUAACAGCGCCAAAGUUAUGGCAACUUCUGGCUGUGCUGCAAUCAGAUUUGUCAUUCGUCAUACCCAUGUGCCCAGACUAAUACCUUUAAUAACAAGCAACUGUACUUCAAAAUCAGUUGCUGUCAGGAGACGCUCCUUUGAAUUUUUAGACCUGUUACUGCAGGAGUGGCAGACUCAUUCACUGGAAAGGCAUGCAACUGUCUUGGUUGAAACCAUCAAAAAGGGCAUUCACGAUGCUGAUGCUGAGGCAAGAGUGGAGGCAAGAAAGACUUACCUGGGUCUUAGAAGUCACUUUCCUGGAGAAGCAGAGGCCCUGUACAAUAACCUUGAGCCAUCCUAUCAAAGAAGUCUCCAGACUUACUUGAAGAAUUCUGGCAGUAUAGCAUCUCUCCCUCAGUCAGACAGGUCAUCUUCAAGUUCACAGGAGAGUCUCAAUCGUCCUUUAUCUUCUAAAUGGUCCACAGCCAGCCCAGCAAGUAUAGCUGGCAGAGUUUCAGGAAGUAGCAGCAAGACUGCUCCAAGUCCAGGAACACUGCAGAGGUCCCGCAGUGACAUUGAUGUUAAUGCUGCUGCAGGUGCAAAGGCACGCCAUGCUGCUGGACAGCCAACAGGAGCUGGGCGCUUGUCUGCUGCUGGUCUACCUCCUGGAUCCUAUGCUUCACUAGAGGAUACUUCUGACAAGAUGGAUGGAACAGCUUCUGAAGAUGGUCGUAUACGAACAAAGCUUUCAACACCGUCUGUUGGAAUUGGAAAUUCAAAGACAGAUUCUAGAGGACGUAGUCGAACGAAAGUGGUCUCUCAAUCUCAGCGUUCAUCAUCGCCAGACAAAAAUGAAGGAUCACAGUCUGCUAACCCCAUUGGUGCUGGUAGUCGAUCUGGAUCUCCUGGAAGAGUUUUGACUACAACUGCACUUUCAACUAUGAACACAGGGGUUCAGAGAGUAUUAGUCAAUCCAGCAACAGCACAAAAACGGAGCAAGAUCCCACGAAGCCAAGGAUGCAGUAGAGAAGCAAGUCCUUCUAGAUUGUCAGUAGCACGAGGCAGCCGCAUUCCUCGACCUAGUGUGAGUCAGGGGUGCAGUCGGGAGGCCAGCCGUGAAAGUAGCAGGGACACAAGCCCUGUCCGCUCUUUUCCACCCCUUGCUUCCAGGCAUCACUCCAGAUCUACUGGUGCCCUCUACACCCCAGAAGUAUAUGGGGCUACAGGUACAGGGUUUGGGAUCAGUCAGUCAAGUAGAUUGUCAUCAUCAGUUAGUGCUAUGAGAGUUCUGAACACAGGUUCUGAUGUAGAAGAAGCAGUAGCAGAUGCAUUGCUCUUAGGAGACAUACGGACUAAGAAAAAGCCUGUACGAAGGAGGUACGAGUCGUAUGGAAUGUACUCUGAUGAUGAUGCCAACAGUGAUGCAUCCAGUGCCUGUUCAGAAAGAUCGUACAGCUCUCGCAAUGGCAGCAUACCUACAUAUAUGCGGCAGACAGAAGAUGUGGCAGAGGUCCUCAAUCGCUGUGCUAGCUCCAACUGGUCAGAAAGAAAAGAAGGUCUUCUAGGUCUACAGAAUUUAUUAAAAAAUCAGAGGACAUUAAGUCGCGUUGAAUUGAAAAGAUUGUGUGAAAUCUUCACAAGGAUGUUUGCUGACCCUCAUAGCAAGGUGUUCAGCAUGUUUUUGGAGACCUUGGUCGACUUCAUCCAGGUCCAUAAAGAAGAUCUACAGGAUUGGCUGUUUGUGUUGUUGACACAACUGUUGAAGAAAAUGGGUGCUGAUUUGCUUGGGUCUGUGCAAGCAAAAGUUCAAAAGGCACUUGAUGUCACAAGGGAAUCUUUUCCAAAUGAUCUCCAAUUCAGUAUUUUAAUGAGAUUCACUGUUGACCAGACCCAGACUCCCAGCUUGAAGGUUAAAGUUGCAAUUCUUAAAUACAUAGAGACUCUUGCACAGCAGAUGGACCCAGGGGAUUUCGUAAAUUCAAGUGAAACUAGGCUGGCGGUAUCUCGGAUCAUCACCUGGACAACAGAACCGAAAAGUUCAGAUGUUAGGAAGGCUGCACAGUCAGUGCUGAUUGCCCUAUUUGAACUAAAUACCCCAGAGUUCACAAUGUUACUGGGUGCUUUACCAAAAACAUUUCAGGAUGGAGCAACAAAGCUUCUCCACAACCAUCUCCGGAAUACGGGCAAUGGUGGUCAGGGGUCAAUGGGAAGUCCUUUAACAAGACCUACGCCACGUUCACCAGCCAGUUGGUCCAGUCCUCUCACUUCCCCAACUAAUACAUCACAGAAUACUUUGUCACCAAGUGCAUUCGAUUAUGAUACGGAAAACAUGAAUUCUGAAGAUAUUUAUAGUUCUCUUCGUGGCGUCACUGAAGCGAUUCAGAACUUCAGUUUCCGUAGUCAGGAAGAUAUGAAUGAGCCUGUGAAACGGGAUUCCAAAAAGGACGAUGGUGAUUCAAUUUGCAGUGGCUCUGGAAUAGCGGAUCUGAGAGCAGGAGGUGGAGCAAUUGAUACAGGCCGAACAGCUCUUGAUAACAAAACAUCAUUACUUAACACAAUGCCUCCCCACUCUUCUCCACGUUCACGAGAUUAUAACCCGUACAAUUACUCGGAUAGUAUCAGUUCUUUUAACAAAUCUGCUUUGAAAGAAGCUAUGUUUGAUGAUGAUGCAGAGCAAUUUCCUGAAGAGCCCCCGAUGGACCAUUCUGAUCUGGUUGCAGAGUUACUGAAGGAAUUGUCAAACCAUAAUGAGAGAGUUGAAGAAAGAAAGGCUGCUUUGUAUGAGCUUAUGAAAUUGACUCAAGAAGAGUCCUUUGGUGUUUGGGAUGAGCACUUCAAAACGAUACUACUUCUGUUACUUGAAACUCUUGGGGACAAAGAGCAUGCAAUCAGAGCUUUGGCAUUGAAAGUUUUAAGAGAAAUUCUAAGGAACCAACCAGCAAGAUUUAAAAAUUAUGCGGAGCUUACAAUUAUGAAGACACUAGAAGCUCAUAAGGAUCCUCAUAAGGAGGUGGUGAGAUCUGCUGAAGAAGCUGCUUCAAUGCUGGCCACUUCCAUUAGCCCAGAUCAGUGCAUCAAAGUACUUUGUCCCAUUAUCCAAACUGCAGAUUACCCCAUUAAUCUGGCUGCAAUCAAAAUGCAGACAAAAGUGAUAGAGAGAGUAUCUAAAGAAACGCUUGCUCAGCUUUUACCAGAGAUUGUGCCAGGUCUAAUACAGGGUUAUGAUAAUUCGGAGAGCAGUGUUCGUAAGGCUUGUGUUUUCUGCCUUGUAGCCAUUCAUGCAGUAAUUGGCGAUGAACUAAAACCACAUCUCAGUCAACUCACAGGCAGCAAAAUGAAAUUAUUGAACCUUUACAUCAAACGUGCACAAACAGGCUCUGGAGCAGGUGACACAGCAGCAGAUGUUUCUGGACAAAGCUAA